GUCCUAAACGGAGCUGUUAUGUAAUUCCUUUAUUGGAAAAAGAAAGUUGGCAGAACAGACGUGCGUGCACAACCAGCAGGAAAUGACUGAUUUGGAAACUGACGUCAGAGGUGGGAUCGCCUAUCGUAGAGCGGCUGCUCUCGUGAGCUCUCGGCUCCCCCUCGGGUAUUUCCGGACGCUGGAUUAAAUCCCCGCCCGCUUCAUUCCUGCGUUGUUUGGGGACAGUAGGAAGAUGGCGGCGGCCCCGCUGUACUGUGUCUGCCGGCAGCCCUACGAUGUGAGCCGGUUUAUGAUCGAGUGCGACAUCUGUAAAGACUGGUUCCACGGCAGCUGUGUACAGGUAGAGGAGCACCAUGCUGUGGACAUCGAUGUUUACCACUGUCCCAACUGUGACGUUAAACACGGACCCUCCCUGAUGAAAAAGCGUAACAACUGGCACAGGCACGACUACACGGAGCCAGACGAUGGAACCAAGCCGGUACAGGCGGGCACCUCCAAGUUUGUGAAAGAGCUUCAGAACAGGACCUUUCCCAGCGCCGAGGAGAUUUUGAUACGAAUGAAGGGUGAGCAGGUGACCGCCAGAUUCCUGGAGAGACACGGCUUCAACUACCCCAUAGCCGUGACUGAGAUGGAGGGCCUGGGCCUCAAACUGCCCCCGUCUACGUUUUCUGUCAGGGAUGUGGAGCAGUAUGUUGGUGGUGACAAAGUUAUCGACGUGAUAGAUGUAGCACGGCAGGCGGACAGCAAGAUGAAGCUCGGCACCUUUGUGAAGUAUUUCACCAACCCCCAUCGACCAAAGGUCCUCAACCUCAUCAGCCUGGAGUUCUCUGACACCAAGAUGUCGGAGCUGGUGGAGGUUCCUGAUGUGGCUCGGAAGAUGUCCUGGGUGGAGAACUAUUGGCCAGAUGACUCCUUCUUCCCUAAGCCGUUUGUGCAGAAGUACUGCCUUAUGGGGGUGAAGGACAGCUACACAGACUUCCACAUAGACUUUGGAGGAACAUCGGUCUGGUAUCAUGUUCUCUGGGGUGAAAAGAUCUUCUACCUGAUCAAGCCGACGUCUACCAACCUUGCACUAUACGAGGCGUGGAGCUCCUCGCCCAAUCAGAGCGAAGUCUUCUUCGGAGACAAAGUGGAGAAGUGCUACAAAUGUGUCGUAUCCCAGGGAACCACCCUUCUCAUCCCUACAGGCUGGAUCCACGGUGUCCUCACCUCUCAGGAUUGCAUGGCGUUUGGGGGGAACUUCCUUCACAACCUUAAUAUUGGCAUGCAGCUCAGGUGUUAUGAAAUGGAGCGUCGCCUCAAAACCCCAGACCUCUUUAAGUUUCCGUAUUUUGAGGCCAUCUGCUGGUACGUGGCCAAGAACCUCCUGGAAAUGUUAAAAGAGCUACGAGAGGACAACUGUCCGCCGUCAACCUACCUGGUGGACGGAGUCAAGGCUUUAAUCAGUGCACUAAAAACGUGGUUGAAAAGAGAGGCGACACAGCCAACAAGUGAGGUACCUGACCAUAUCAGGCCCAACCAUCUAAUUAAAGAGCUGACCAAGGAAAUUCGUUACUUGGAGGAGGAGCCAGGAAGUGGUAUGAAGCCAGUAAAAACUCAGGGAUGUGGAGCGCCGGCGGGAACGAACGGCUGCCCGGCCACGCGCUCCGCACUGGAGAGGUUUUGCCAGGCCCGGCGGGCAAGAAGAGCCGCCCGGCGGCUAAGGGAGCAGCAGCAGCAGGCUCCCAAGUUACCCACCAACCUGGACAUCCUGGAGCAGCACACCAGGGAGGUGCUGAAGAGGCUGGAGGUGGGGCCGCUGGAGGAGGAUGCAGCGUUUUGUGCCAAGGUUCACGGGAAACUCAACAAGGUGUCAACAGCAUCAGCAGCCGCCGCCGCAGAAUCGCUAGAAGACAACCACCUACGGCUCAUGAUGGUCAACGGGAGAAUCAUCAGAGACGUCCGGCGGCCGGCCAGCAGUCCCUCGAAGGCUGAGGGGGAGCGGUCAUCUCCGGGUCAGAGCCCGCCAAAGAGCUGCGCGGACGUGAAGUCGGAAAGAACACAAGGCAGUCCGGAGCGGCUCGGCGCUGACGUGAAACCCGUGCUCCUCGGAGGUCUGGAGAGCGGGAAGACCGAUCUCAGGGAAGAUGUCUCAGGACACUCCAGCGCGUCGGACGUGGAGUCGGACAGCGACUCUCCCACAGAGUGUAAAGCAUCUUCGUCGUCGUCAUCAUCAUCCUCUGAAGAGGAUUCGGAGAGCUCCCAGGAGGAAGAGGAGACAGGCUCAGGGCACACCAUACAGCUGGACCAGUCGGGCCAGAAACUCAGGCAUAACUGCAAACCACUCAAGCGAGAACGUCCUACCUCACCCAGCACAGAAGAGGCCAUUCAGGGGAUGCUGUCCAUGGCUGGACUGCUGUGCAGCACUAACCCAGAGAGGCCCGGCUCCACCCAGGAGUCCUGGUGGUCCAACUCCAGCCAGUGCUCCCGGCAGGGCGGCGGCGGCAUGAUGGACAGCCAAGGCAACAGCAGCGAGGCCUGGGACAAUCAGGGCUUCCCCAGCCCAGAAGCAGGCUACCAGUACGGUGACCCUUCAAUGUCUCCUCCUCUGCACCCUUCCAAGAGACACGCCCCCAACCCUCCACCUAUCAGCAAUCAGGCCACGAAAGGAAAACGGCCCAAAAAGGGAAUGGCCACAGCCAAGCAGAGACUGGGUAAAAUCCUAAAACUCAACAGACACAGCCACGUCUUUGUGUAAGAAAAAAAAAAAGGCAGUCGAGAACAACUUCUAACUUUGACGAGGAAAGAAGAAAAAAAA